ACCAUCAAGGCUUGUGACGUCAGAGAUCAUGUCUCUAAUUUUUUGCUUACUCAGCACUUUUUCACCAAAAUGGAGCCACUAAAUCCUGAGCCGUCUCUGUUGUCUGUAAAAGCCAUUUUAAUUCUGGAUAAUGAUGGAAAGAGGCUUGUUUGUAAGUACUAUGACGACACGUUUCCUACACUGAAGGAACAGACUAAGUUCGAGGAAUCACUUUUCAACAAAACCAAACGCUCCAAUGAUGAGAUCAUCAUGCACGAGGGCGUGACAGCUGUCUACAAGGUCAACGUGGACUUGUUCUUUGCCGUGUUGGGUGCUCAGAAUGAAAAUGAGCUGAUGCUGGUGGGUGUCCUGAAUGCUCUCUACGACUCAAUCAGUCAGUUGCUACGGAAGAAUGUUGAGAAGAGAAGUCUAUUACCUCACUUGGAGUCUCUGUUUCUCAUCGUAGACGAACUGGUCGAAUGUGGAGUGAUUGUUGAAACAGACCCACAGGUCAUUGUACAGAGGAUAGCAACCAAGAUUGACGACAACCCCUUCUCUGAGAGUGCCAUGAAACAGGUGUUGCAGUCGGCCAAGGAGAACAUCAAGUGGUCGCUCCUCAAAUAAACUGAAACUCUCUAGAUAUGAUAUUAUUAUGCUCAACAUUGCAAUAUUCAACUUGUACAAAUUGUUUUUGAAGGCUAAGAAUUAAAGCUACAAUAAUACAUGAGAGUGUACAUCA